AAACGUGUCAAAGGCCCCAAAGCGACGGUGUCCUGUGUAUUGCCUGAAUAAAAUUCAAGUUUGUGAAAGCGUUUCGGAUUCUUGCGUGUUUCGUGUUACAUUUUUAUCUGUUUCGACAACCUUAGAAGCCGUCAACGAAUAGAAUGUCGUGUUUCAAGGGGGAUAUAAACUUUUGCCCGGAGUGUGGUAAUAUCCUUCCUAUCCCUGGAGUUCAUGAUUUCAUUACCUGUCCUCGAUGCGCCUUCAGCAUCCCUGUCCGAGAACUUUCAGGACAUGUGAUCAAGUCAUCGGUGGUGUUUAAUUCGUUAGAGAAGAGUUCAUUUGCUGUCGAUAACGAAGAAGACUCCGAGCUAAAAGGCCCAGUGGUUGACAGGAGGUGUUCACGCUGCAAUAAAGAAGGAAUGGUUUACCACACGAGACAAAUGAGAUCUGCUGAUGAAGGCCAGACAGUGUUUUUCACAUGCAUCCACUGCAGAUACCAAGAAAAGGAGGAUUCAUGAGUGGAGAGGAGAGGCUUUUUUUUUUUUUUUUUUUGGUGACAACAAAAUUUUCACUUGAUCAACACCAAAGUGUAAUUCUCUCUCUCCCUCUCUGUCUCUCUCUCUGUAUGUGUGUGUAUGUAUGUGUGUGUGUGUGUGUGAGAGAGAGAGAGAGAGAGAGAGACCGACUCGUUUUAUAUCUGGACUGUUUUUCAGUAUGCUCACACUUUGUAUUUGGGAUUUUUAUUUAAUUAAUAAAAAAAUAAUGACAUA